AUGGCCAUAGCUUCCAUCUUCCCAUUCCCUAUUUAUGGGAUAUCAAAUGAGCGCGUUAAACUCAUCCCAUUCGACCCCGAAAGACAUGGUGACACAUUCUUCAAUCUAUCCUCGCCGUAUCCCGAAAUAUAUUCACACAUGCCCAUAGGACCAUGGGACUCGGCAACCGAGUUCAAAAAAGAGUUCACCGACGGUCCAUCCAACAGCAUCAUCUCAUUCUCCAAUCCCGAGUCAUUCGCUUUCACUAUUAUAGACAAGACACGAGACCCAUCACCAGAAGAUCCGGAAGGUGAACUCGCCGGCACCGUGAGUUUCAUCCGGACAUCACCGAUACACCUAUGCACGGAGGUCGGAUUCGUCGUUAUCCUACCGCCAUACCAGCGUACACACGUGGCUAAGAGUGCUGUCGGGUUAGUGCUACGGCUUGCACUGGAGCCCCCAGAACGAGGUGGUAUUGGAUUGCGCCGGGUCGAUUGGCGGGCUAGUACGACUAACCUGGCCAGCUCCAAGCUUGCGGAGAAGAUGGGAUUUGAGCGUGUUGGGGUUGUUCCCUGGCAUAUACGCUUUGUCAAGGGCAAGCUUAGGGGUAAAAUCGGGAAUGGGAGGGAGUUGCCUCCUGGCUGUGAUCCGGAAGACGUGUGGAGGGAUACGGUGAAUUACUGUCUUGCGUGGGAUCGGUGGGAGAGUGGAGUGAGAGAGACUGUACAGAGUGUAAUCGAUUGA